AUUUCAACUUAUCAAGGCUGUUUAAUAAACAGUGUUUAUGUUUUACUCAAACAGUUUGAGGCAGUUACCAGAUGAUUAUCAAUACAAAUUAUCAAUUUCAGCAUUUUAAUUAUUCCCAAUGAUUAGGAUGUUGUUCUUAGAAGCUAGAGUAAUCUAACAAACUCAGAAAUUAUAAUUCUGUGACUGUCUGUUGAUCAAACGCUACGUGUUUACUGGAAAAUAGUGCAACUUUGGUUUUAUGUUACUCAACAUCGAGCUACGAUGGAAUUGAUUGUUAUAUUUAUUUCCCUUUUUAUUGGUUUGGUAUCCGGUCAAUAUGAGAAUGAGAGGUGCAAGUGUAUCUGUCCCUCUUUGCGAGUUGUCGCUAAUGAAAGCUUACCUGUCAAACAGUCAACCUCGCAAACUUACCAAUCACAACCCAAUGGCAAUGAACCUGCCAACAACUUUUACAUUGACAGGAAGGUUUAUAUUGACACUGUUCCUCCCCUUAAAUGUAAUUGUGAUGGUUUUGUAUUACCUCAAUUGACAAACGUUAGCUCUAAAGAAUUCUGUCCACUAUGCGAAUGUAGAUUUGAAUCAAGAAAUACAGAGAUUAUCAGAUAUGUUAUCAUCGGAGUUAUUUCUAUCAUCUUUUUACUCGUUGCUUAUAUGCUGGUAUUAGCUCUCGACUCUUAUAUGCUUUGGAGUAGAUUUUUCAAGCGUACACCUUAUCGUGAACAUUUUAAUGAAGAAAUGCUGGUAGAAACUGGACCUAAAAGAAGCUCGACCGAAUCAAUUGAAUCAACAAGUCAACCUGAGUUAACUUAUGCUCAUUCGAGAGGUGUAAUUAGCGCUAUUGGCCAUGAACAGCACAAAUGGAUUAGAAAAGUUUCAGAGCAACGAAAAAAUAUUUAUGAUAGGCAUACGAUGCUUAAUUAAUAUUUUGGAUCUGAACUUGAACCUGUGAUAAUACAAUAACUAAUACCAUCUCUGCGAUGACUUGUCAUUCUCUCCACCUUUUAAUACAAUUUUGAUUGUUUUACCAUUUCAUCCAUUUACUUUUCAAGUUAAACUGUUUAAAACAAUUCAGAAAAAGGUGUUUACAAAAUCAUGUUCUGAACUGUUAUUAUCUGUAUUGUUUCAGAUUGUAGAGUAAACACUUCUCCAAGCUAUUAGACUAAAAGCUCAUCAACACAGACAAUCUCGAUCUUAAUGUAAAUUAUAAUAUGUCAGUCUCAAAGAAUGUUAAUUAAUUUUUAUGAUAAACACUGUAAGUUGGAUUAAAUAACAAUAAAAGUAUUAACAUUUUUA